AGUAGUAGUAGUAGUAGUAGUAGUCGCGAUGGGGGUACUUAUAAUGAGAUAAAAAUAGGCAGUAAGAAUAGGAUAAUCUUGUAAGUAUAAUUAAUUUGUAAAGUACUUUCUAAACUUGUACAACAGUUUAUUGAGUACUAUGAAAGCACUUACAGUAAGAAAACAAUUUGACAAAUAUGUAGGAUUUUCAUUCGAAUUCUGUAAAUCUCUCUUCAAAGAAAAACAUUAAGUUUCCUUACUGUUGUGACUUUAUUCCUGACUAGUUAUCAUGUGAUUUAUUCAUCAAUCGGAAUACGACUAAUACAAUCGUAACACUGUGCCACAUCAAUCACAUAUUGAUCGGCAUGAGUUACCUAGUGUCCUUAUUAGUCACUGUUUCUUGAGUAACCCUGCAUGUUCAGUCCAGAACAGUGAUCACAGCCUCACAGCGACAUGCAUUAUGUAUUUCAAACAUACUGGGUUGAUACACAGAAGUCAAAUAGACCACAUCACACCAUAAAAUAGAAAUGAACAUUUAUACAAGAUCAAGUGGAAAGGUGGCUGUGAAUAUGGGAGACUAUAAUGAAUAGACUGGGUAUAACUCAAGAAUGGUAAAUCGUAUCAUAAUAGUUUAUGGAUCAAAAUGAAGCUUAUAAUAAGGGGAAUAUGAAUAUACAUAGUUAAGUUACAGUAAAAAUAUAUGUUUUUUAUUAAUCCAUAAAUAGAUCCCUACAGUUACUAUCCAGUAUUCUCGUUAGGAUAUAACAAACUGUUGUACACGAAAAACUAUGAACAACUAUUGUUUCUAUUUUAUCGGUGAGACUACAAUUCAUGGACGACCUUUUAGCGACUCUACACUGACCUUGAGAAUGUUCAGCUGAUAACUAGGACCAAACAGGGAUUAUCAAUGAAUGCUAGGAACUCGAAUUAUGACUUACAAUUGACAGAGUUUACGUCAUGAAAUGACAUUAGCUAUAAUGGCAAGAUUGAAUAUCGCGCCAAAAUCCAACACGUAUUAUCUCCAUUAAUCAUAGUCCCACUUAUUAUAGUCUACUACCAAUCUGAGUAUAUAUAUGGAUUCAAUCCAUUAAAUGAAAUCCUUCAAUAUGAUUGGAUUGAAUUGACCUUGAUAAACCAAUAAAAAUCCAUAAAAAAAAAUAAUCCUUUUAACCAAUCAUAAUUAAAAAUCAUCAAUGCGUGGGAUGAUAUGAAGAAAAUAAAUUCAAAUUCUCUAAUAUGAUUGGUUGAUUCAAACUAUUUAUAAUAUUGAAUUUUGAAAAGAUUCAUUCAUUUGAAAAAAAAACAAAAGUAAAUAAGGAAGUACCGUCCAAUGCACAUGUACUGCAUUUCUUAAUCAAAACUGGAAAUAUUUAUACUUUAUUUACUUUAUUUAUUCAUUAAAUAUGUUUAUUCUAUUGAAUGGCAUUGAAAUGUGAUACAUUUUCUUAUUUAUUUAUGGAAUGAUUCAUUUAAACAAGAUGAAAUUAGAUUAGAAUAUGAAUCGAUUAAAUCGUCUAAAUGGAAUAUAUCAACGAGCAUUCUCAUUACCACCAGAUAAUGAUCCAUAUAAAAUAGAAUCUAUUUCAAUGAAUAAUACAAAUAUACUAUUUAAUAAAGUGAAUGAUGAUUAUGUCAAUCAUAAUUCAUUUAUUUCCAAUGAUGAUAAACAAGAUCCAACAGAUAGUGAAUUAAUAUUACAAGAAACAUUUAAUAAUUUCGAUAUGAUAACACGUCAAUUUAUAGGAUUAUCAUCUAGUUUAAAUAGUUUAAAUACAGAUGAUGAUAGUGGUUAUGUUCAUACAUCAUUUAGUAAUCAUAAUCAAUUAAUUGAUUCUAUUUAUUCUAAUACAAAUACUACUAAUACUACAACAUCGGAAGAUUCAAGUAGUAUAAGUGUGAAUAAUAAUACUAAUAAUAAAGAUGAAUUAUUAUUAGUUAUGAUUGAAGAUUUAGUUGAUUGGUUUAAACAAAUGUAUCCAACUAUGACUAAUGAAAUGAAUUCAGAUAAUUUUUUUGAUUAUUUAUCCGAUGGUAUUCUAUUAUGUCAUCAUGCAACUGAAUUACAUCAUCGUUUAACUUUAGAAACUAAUCAAUCAAUUAAUCAUUCUAAAUCUAACCCAUUACAUAAUAUACGUAUUAGUGGUAUACAAGUUACAUUACCUAAAUCUAGUCCAAUUUAUCAAAAAUAUGAAUAUCAUCACCAUCACCAUCACCAUCAUCAUGAUCAUCAUCAUCAUCAUUCAUCUAAUGCGAUCAUUAGUUUUAUAUCACGUAAUAAUGUAUCGAACUUUUUACAAUGGUGUCGUCAACUUGGUAUGUAUAAUUCAAUCUUAUUUGAAAGUGAAGAUUUAGUAUGUAAAAAAAAUCUACGUAAUGUUAUUGUAUGUUUAUUAGAAUUAGCACGUCUUGGCAAUUAUAUUCAUAUGUGUAUACCAGAUAUUGUUAAAUUAGAAAUUGAAAUUGAUAAACAAUUAACUAAUGAAUUUAAUCAAUCAAUUAAUCAAUAUUCAAUCAAUUCAAAUAAUUAUCAUCAUCAAAAAAUCAAUAAUAAUAAUGAUAAUGAUAAAAAUCAAUCAACUUAUUAUCGAUCCAAUUGUUCAAUAGGAUUACGUAAACAACAACAAGAUAAGAACAUUUCAAUGAAUAAAACUAAUCAACAUCCAUCAUUAGAUUGUAAUAAUAAUAAUUAUACUAAUAAUGUGAAGAAGGAGAAACAAAAACAGGAAUUACAACGUCCAAUUGUUGAUUUUCGUUCAUUAGAUGAAUUAGUACGUGAACUGUUAUCACAAUGUACUUGUAAACAAACAUUCCCUAUGGUUCGUAUUGGUGAAGGACGUUAUUUAUUUGGUGAUAAAGGUACACAAAUAUUUGUUCGAAUACUGAGAAAUCAUGUGAUGGUUCGAGUCGGUGGUGGCUGGGAUACACUGAGUCAUUUCUUAUCAAAAUACGAUGAAUGUCGUAAAGUUAAUCCAUUAGGAUCAUGUAAAUUAAAUUCAAUGAAUCAGAAUUCCAAAUUGAAUGAAGAUAAAACUCAGAACAUGGUAGAAUGUAAAUUGAAUGUAGUAAAAACACGUACAUCAUCUGUAACUAAGGAGAAACAAUCACAUAGAGAUAAUGAUCACCAUGAUGAUGAUUAUAAUGAUAGUUCUAAUGGGAAAGUACAGUUGAACCAUAAAACUGAUUCAGAAUUUAUGAAAUCAAUGAAAAAUGUGAAUGAAAAUCAAAUUCUUGCAAAAAAAACUUUAGAAGAAUCAAAAUGUCUUACUAAAUCGCAAUUUUUCUCUGAACUCAAUUUAACUUCAUUGAAUAAUGAUAAUGAUGAUGUUGAUGAUGGCGACUUGAAUUGUUCUACACAUUUUCCACGAUUUAUUAUCGCUGAUCAAUAUAUGAAAGAUCCGACCAAUUCAUCAACAGAUGUUGAAGAAACUAGUUUCAAUGAUAAUCUUACAAAAGAUUGGUCAAAUGAAAGUUUUGAUAAGAUACAGUCAUUACGUAAUGGCAAUACUACUACUAAUACUACUGCUACCACCACCACUACUACUACUACUACUACUACUACUAGCAAUAGUAAUAGUAAUAAUAAGGAUAGUAAUAAUGAUUCUAAAACAGAUCAGAAUAGUUUGAUUAGAAAACCAUUCAAUACUACUGAUAAACUACUCAAACAAAAAUCAACUAUUACUAUCAUAAGAAAUGAAUUAGAUAAAUCUAAUAUGAAACCAUAUAUUGUAAAUAGACCAUGUUUCCCGAAUACUACUACUCCUACUGCUACUACUACUACUACUACUCCUACAACCAGUAGUAGUACUACUUAUUAUAUUAAUAGUAGACAUUGUAAUUCUAUACAACAUCAGAACCCAAUAGAGAAUAGAUUACGUAAUAAUCAAAAUUUAUCCAAAUCAUUAAAUUCAUUAAAUAUAAAUUGUAAACAAUCAAUUGAUAGAAAGAAUUCAAGACCAGUUGAAAGGAUUUCAGUUUUGCCAAUCAUCAAUGAUACUACUACUAAUAAGAAUAGUAGUAAAAGUAAUAAUAAUAAAUUUACUAGGAAUAGUUAUACUACUCAUAAUCAUCGAAUACAAUCAAUAAAAAAUCAUCAUGUAACAGAAAGGAAAUCUACAAUGCAACAAUUGAAAUCAUCACCGUUACAUCAUGAUAAUCAUCAUCAUCAUCAUCAGAGUAGAAAUCAACAAAAUCAAAGUAGAAGUAAAUCAGCUAAUAUGUUUAAUCGUAAACUAUCAUCUACAUCUACGUCUACAUCAGCGUCAGCAGCUGUAGCAACAGCAGCAUCGACGUCAUCGACAUCGUCAUCAUGUAAACAAGUCAAUCAUCAAUUAAUCAAUAAACCAGUACAAAUUGUAUAUACAUCAGGAGAGAAUAAAAGACAUCCAGAUGAUUAUGUAAUAGAUGAUCAUUUAUAUCAAUCGAAUCAUUCUAAACAAAUUAAUCCAUUAAUUUCUAUAAAUAGUAAAUUGAGACAUGGCUCAUUAAUACCUAUAUCAACAAGAUCUUAUUCAAGUUCUCGCAUUCCAUUGAAACAAUAUUAAUUGAUCAUUAUUAUUAUUAUUAUGAUUGAAAGUGCCUCAUUUUGUUUGUUUUUGAUUAAGAUCAUGAAUGAAUUGAUGUUAGAUCAUUAUUGAAAACCUGGAACCAUUGGAUAGCCAUCCUGGACUGAUCAGAUGACGAAGAACUGGUCAUUCAGUGCUUUCAGGCUUUCAAUAGUGAUCAAUUGAUCAAUUGAUUGAUCAUCUUAAUCAAUCCCUAUAAUUUUUGUUGUUGCUAUGCCUAUGUAACCUCUUUUCAGUUUGGAGAUUAUUUUCUUCUCUUCUUUUUUGAUAAAGGAGAACUAAAACACUUUUUUUCAAAUUACAUCAUUCAUUUAUUAUUAAGCAUUCUGUGGUCAGAUUUAAAGUCUUUCAUUGAAAAGAAAAGCAAGAAUAAUUUGAAAUUCAUCAUCUUUUUAUCAUCAUGUCCAUUCUCUUUUUUUUAUUAUCAUGAUGAUACUACUAUUAAACAGUUUAAGUAGUAUCAUUAAAUAAUGCAGUUUUUUCGAAAAAAACUCGUUUGUAGUGCUUUACUAGAAUGAUAAGAGUGAGUUAUUUUGGUUGCACACAUCUUCUAUACAAUCUAUAUAUAGUUACACAUACACACAAUGCAAUAUGAAUCACUUGUAAUCUAAUUAAUGAGUCAAGACAUAUGAAUUCAAUGAUAGAUUGUUUAGUAGUUGGAUUGGUGACUUGAUUGAAACUAGACCAUCUGGAAGUACUAGAUAGUCAUUUCAUUCUAGUAUGGUAUUCCUCAACAGGAUGAAAUAACCAUCUGUUACUUUCCUGUUUUUCAUGAUAGUCUAACUUCAAUUGACUUGUCAAUUCACUUAGUAGAAUUACUAAUAAUAUCCACACAAAAAAAAAUCCGUCUCUGAUCGAUUUUUUACUUCCCAUGUUUGUUUCUAUGACAACGAAUGGUCAAUUAUUUAAUUUGAAGUAUCACCAUACUUUCUUUGUUGUAGUUGUAAUCGUUUAUCUCACUCAUUUUCUCCCUUUUCUCUUUUUUUUACAAGAUUGUUAUCGAUUAUUUCAAUGAUUCUUCUUUAUAUUUUUUUGUUUUUUUCUUGUUCUAAUUGUUUAUCAUCUUGAAUUUCUAUUGGUUAGUGUUUUUAUUUCUUUUAUAAGAUCUCAUUCUAUUCUGUGCUGUACUGUACUGUACUGUACUGUACUGUUUAUGUUUUGUUUUAUUUCAUUUUUCAUUUUAUAAGUAAAACAUUAGUAUAGAUG